AUGUCCAACGAAGCGGCGCGGAGAGGCGGUGACAAAGACCGCAACGGCGCAAUAAGGCGCUUCGCACGAGCCAACUUCUCGCCUUCCUUUAUAUACCCCUUCAAAGGCAUGUGGUAUUUCGCCACCCAUCGCUUCCUGCACCCGCUACUGCGAAGUCGACUCGUACCACUUACGCUGCUGUCGACUUGUAUCCUGGCCAUUCUCUUCCUGACCGCCUAUCUGCCCGUCGUCGCCUUUCUCGCGCUUUUCCACUACAAAGGAUCCGCUUGGGUGAAUGCCACCUUCUUUAUCCUGGAGGUCGGCUCGCUGAUCAUUCAGCUGAUGUUUGAGGCACUACUUGUGGAUCACACCCAGGUGGACAUCUUCGACGCCGUUCUGGUAGCCGAGGGGUACGAGCGCCUGGUGAAGCAUCGACGGGAUGUGUCCGACGAUGCUGAAGAGCUCGACCCAUAUCAAAGACUUGCACCGAGAGAAAAAGGUGCCCAGUUUGCGCCCUUCUCAGUGCGGCAGAUCGUUGAGACGGUCGCUCUCUUGCCUCUGAACUUUGUUCCUUUCGUCGGAGUACCGCUAUACCUGCUCCUGACAGGCUAUCGAGCCGGGCCUCUCAUCAAUUGGCGUUACUUCCAGCUCAAACAGUUCACCAAGAAGCAGAGGAACGAGUUCAUCAAGACUAAGAAGCGACGCUGGGAGUACACGUGGAUCGGGACAGUCUAUAUGAUUCUCGAACUGGUGCCGGUGUUUGCGAUGCUGUUCUUGCUCACGCUGGCUGCCGGCAAUGCGCUAUGGGCCAUACGUGUUGAGCGAGAGCUGCACGAACGUGAGGAUGAGCCAGCUGACUCCGAAGACCCCCCGGCUUAUACCGACGACCCUUGA